AAACCAGUUAUUCAUGAAAACGGCCAUGUUACUUGUGUGGGGAGUGAUGUUGUACACAUAAACACUUUAUUUUGUUGUUAUAGCUCUUCUAAAAUUUAAAUACACAGACAGACAUUAUAAAUUUAAGCUUUACUAAAACACCACUGCACAUGGCCGUAAACAUUGGUGCCGACGUUGAUUUGCAACUUAGAAUACCCACCAACUGUCAAGUCUGACAGGAAAGUCCAGCUCAACGAGAUGUAUAGAUUUUGUAAUUUUUAAUAGUAAUACAUAUCUGAAAAUUUUAAGAUUUUAAUUGCAUGUAGCAUGGAGUCAUCAAAAGGUUCACCAGAAGCUGUUACAGAAGACAGGGGUAAGAAGAUAGAAGAAAUCGCCAAAAUGACGACUGUCACACAAGAAGAUAUAACCUCUAAUACAAAAACAAUUAUACAAGGUUUAGAAACUCUUAAAAAUGAGCACCAUCAGAUUCUUAAUGGAUUACUUACCUCCAUGAAAUCUAUAAAACGGGAAAAUGGCGACACAAACCUUACUGAAGAAAAAACCAACCGGCUGAAAAAGUCUCUAGAAACAAUAGAACUAGGACUUAGUGAAGCACAGGUGAUGAUGGCAUUAGCCAACCAUUUACAACAUGUAGAGGCAGAAAAACAAAAGUUACGGGCACAAGUGAGAAGACUUUGUCAAGAAAACGCUUGGUUAAGAGACGAAUUAGCGAAUACACAACAAAAAUUACAAUUCAGUGAACAAAAAGUAGCGACAUUAGAAGAAGAGAAAAAACAUUUAGAAUUCAUGAAUGAAAUUAAAAAAUAUGAUGGUAAUGAUCCACAAACACAGGACGUAGAGACUUUAAUCAAACAAAUGAAACAAACGCAGCAGUCUGGUACUGAAGAAAAAGAACAGGACCAGUCUACCCAAUCUUUAGAUUUAGGUUUCCCUGAUGAUGAUGAAGAUGGUCCACAACCAGAAGUUCUAUCUCCAUCUCAACCAAGUGCAAUGGCCCAAGCUGCUAGUGGUGGUUAUGAAAUCCCAGCUCGGCUACGUACCCUUCACAACCUAGUCAUCCAGUAUGCCUCACAAGGACGAUACGAAGUAGCAGUACCCCUAUGUAAACAAGCAUUAGAAGAUUUAGAAAAGACCAGCGGCCAUGAUCAUCCUGAUGUAGCUACCAUGUUAAACAUUUUGGCUCUUGUAUACAGAGACCAAGGAAAAUAUAAAGAAGCUGCAAACCUGUUGAACGAUGCUUUAGGCAUUCGUGAGAAAACGUUAGGAAAUGAUCACCCAGCAGUAGCUGCAACAUUAAAUAAUUUGGCUGUGUUAUAUGGCAAGAGAGGGAAAUAUAAAGAAGCAGAACCUUUAUGUAAACGUGCUUUAGAAAUAAGAGAAAAGGUACUUGGUAAAGAUCAUCCAGAUGUUGCCAAACAGCUUAAUAACUUGGCUCUUUUAUGUCAAAAUCAAGGAAAAUAUGAAGAGGUUGAGCAUUAUUAUAGAAGAGCUUUAGAAAUUUAUUUGAAACGUUUAGGUACAGACGAUCCUAAUGUUUCUAAAACAAAAAAUAAUUUGGCAUCAGCUUAUUUAAAACAAGGAAAAUAUAAGUUAGCUGAAGCUUUAUAUAAAGAAGUACUUACCAGAGCACAUGAAAAAGAAUUUGGAAAAGUGGACGGUGAUAAUAAACCUAUAUGGAUGCAAGCUGAGGAAAGGGAAGAAAAUAAGGGAAAAUUGAAAGAUGGUACACCAAUGCCUGAGUAUGGGGGUUGGCAUAAAACUGCAAAAAUAGACAGUCCCACAGUUUCCACAACAUUAAAAAAUUUGGGCGCUUUAUACCGUCGUCAGGGAAAAUAUGAAGCUGCCGAAACAUUAGAGGAGUGUGCAAUGCGGUCCAAGAAAAAUGCCUUAGAUGUUGUCAAACAACAGACCAACUUAACCGACAUAGGCAGUGAAUAUACAAACAACAACCGACGGAGAUCGGCCAGCCGAGAUAGAGUUCUCAAAGGCUCUAUGGAAAACAUAUCUCACAAUAAUUCUACGGAAUACGAUGACGGCAAAUUAAAGAGAAGUGGGUCUUUUUCCAAACUACGAGCCUCGAUACGACGUAGCAGUGCAAAACUGGUGCAGAAAUUAAAAGGAAAAGGUGACGAGAAUUCUGGGAGUGAGCCUGUUUUGGUCUUCACGCUCUCUGAUUGCAAUAGCAGUAUGAAAAGAGCAAGCUCCAUGUCGGUGCUCAACACAAAUAGUAAAGAGGAAAAAUUAAGUGAAAGUAGGCGUUCUUAUGGUGAUUUACGACAAGGACGGACUGCCAGUUCAGAUCAACUCAUUAAUCGACCAUUUUGACAACAGCUAUAGUUUUAGACUACAUGUACAAUAAUGCAAUAUUUGACAAGCUUUUUUUGAGAUUUUAAUUUGUGGGCAUCGUCAGAUUUCGUCUUGCCGCUUUCAGAUUCAGUUCUUGUAAAUAUGGCAUUUUACGCCAUUAAUCCAAUGUAAUUUAUUUAUUCCAUAUUUUAACAUUAUAUCUCAGUAAUGGUGUCUUAUCAUAACAAAUUUAGAUGGGGCAAGGGUAGGCAACUCCGUAUUGACAAGAGUUCAUUCCAAAUGUAUCAUACAGCGCUUCCAUCAAUCACUCAUUAGAAUGCAUCAUAGUGUGAAAAUGUGUUUAAUCUCAAUUUAGUAGAUACAAACAGAAGAUAACUCAAGCAUGAUUGGAAAUUUAAAAAAAAAUCAAGUUGAAAAGAUUCCAUCCAUUUUGAGCACUUUGGAUAAAAACAUCAUUUGCUUUAUAAAAGAUCGACAGGAUGUAAAUUGAAUGACAAUAUUAUAAUUAUUUAAAUUGAGUCAUAAUUAGCUGCGUUCAUGUCAGUAAACGUAGUUUGUUUUAGGAAACAAUGUUGCAGAAUUUUUCCAAGUUUCUUCCAACUUGCUGUAAAAAACAAAAUGUAUCAAAUGUGAAAUCAUCAAUAUUUAUGAAUGUUGUGGUUUUCAGAAUUCUUUUUCAGUCUUUCAAAUUUUGUGCAAAUUCUUUUAAAACGAUUGAGUGGUCAAAUAGUUCACUGUUACAGAAGAAUAAACAGUGAUUGCUUACUUAGAUAUAAAUGAUUUCUCCAUAUAGUGUAUUAGCCUUGAAUAUUUCAUGAGGUGUAUAAAUUGAAUAAAAGACUGGUGUGUUUAUUAUGUAAUAAUUAAUCAUAACACAAUUAGACUGGAAAUAUUAUAGGCACAGAUCAGUUUAAAACUGGAUUUUCUUUGACAAAUAGUUAUAACUCAUUUUAUUUUGUUGUAUGUUCCACAUGUUAAAUUCUCCAAGGAUAUAUUCCACAAUUCAGAAUCACGUUAUUAUGUACAUACAAAAGAUACAGCGUUUGAAUGAAUCAUUAUCAAGUAUUCCAUAUUAAGCUUCAUUAAAAUGAAAUAUUUGAGAGCCAGUUAUAACUAGUGUCCACCAUUUCAGAACCUAAAUUAUUGUGGGUAAUUUAUUUGUUCAUACCUCAAAAUAAAAAUAACAUGUCAUUGGUUGAAUUCCAAUUGUUUAUGAUGUUGUUAGCCAAUCACAACCUUUUGGUGUAGAAUAUUACCCAGAAUUCAAUAGAUUCUAAAUAGGCAAAUUGUUCAUUCCUUUCUCUGUAAAUAUUGGAAAAAUUAAGGAUGUUGACAUUUUUAUUAAGAUUUUUCCAAAAGGAACAAAAAAGAUAAAAAUAAAACCGUUGUUAGGCUGUAUAUGUAGGCUUAGAUACUCAAUUCAUAAGGAUGAUCUCAUCAUAAAAUGUAGUCUUACAUCAUAUCUAAAAAUAAACCAAGAAGUUAAUAAUGAUACCCAGGAUUCAAGAUCUCAAACUCAGAAAAGAUCUUACUACAAUAGAAAGUUCAAAAGUUCAAAAUAUAUGUAUAUAUGCUGGUAGUAGUAAAUUGGUUAUAUUUAGAGAAAUAACACUUUAAUGGUGAUAAACCACAUUCAUUUGAGUUAUUGUGGGUUAUAUUAUUAAUUUCUACAGGUCUCUUUCCCAUGCUAUUUGCUAUUUUUGGUUAAUGGUAAAAGCUUUGUGUAAUAAGGUAUUAAGAAAUGCGUUAUGAUACUUUGCUAUUUGACUUCAUUCCAUGACAAAGUGCUAAAUAGGCCAGAUAAGAUAAGUUUCUUGAUUCUCAUCCUUCUACCUUUCUUUUGUCCAGACACAUAUAUCAUUUUGUUCCAUCUUUUGACAGAGAAUUGCUAGUUUUAGUAUGAAAAAGAAUCCCCAUCCAUCAUUUUUAGGGUGGGAGUAGUGAAGUCCAUCAGAGCUGAACUUUUGAGAAUCUCAUCAGGACAUGGUUGGGGGUAUUUUUAAUACGUAUGAAUUUAGAUUUUUUUAAGAACUAUAACUUCAGUGCCCAAUAGAAUAAGUUUCAACAAUACUUACUAAAAAUUGAUGAGAAUCUAGGAAUUAGUUUUUUAUUUGGCCUUAAUGAAAUGUACUAUAUGUUGAGCAUGCUGUAAUGUACUACCCAUUUUAAUUCCUAAAUCAACACAGUUUUGACUUAUCAACUUUAAAGCAUUGGAGGUUGAGCCACUGCUGGUAGUACAUUAAGUAUGGACCGUUAAAAGAUAAGAUGAUACAAAUUUGUUUUUAUUUUAUAUUAGAGAUGUAAUCUCAAUGCCACAAUGAAGAGAACCCCAAUUUUUGUCACAAAGAUACUUAUUUUUUCCCCUUGACAUAUCAGAAAUAUUGUUUCACUGAGCUGACAAAUAUCAUAGAAUUUCUCUAAAGAAAAUUUCUUUAUCAGAUAAUCAGAUAAGCUUGCAUCUAUAUGGUUCAUAACUUCAUCUAACUUUUCAUUUCUUGUUUUAAUGGCAAGCCAAUAUUUUCACAAAUGACUUGUAAGGCAUAUCCAAAUAAAAGUCACCCUGUUUUGACAAAUAGUAUUGAAAAUAUAGAUUCUGUUGGCUAUGGUUUACUGACAGAUAUUACUUUGAGCUCACAUUGUUAAAUAGGGCUCUGUCAAUGAAUUACUUAAUACUGUCAAAAUAAGUGGGUAUUAGUGUAAUCUAGGUAUUUUGACCUUCAAUGUUAAAAUUAUAUUUCAGUGGUAUUUUUAAACACAUUGUAUUUGUAGAAUAAUUUUAUUAAGCAAAAUGAUAAACUUGAUGAUUGUUGAAGUUUUGUUUGCUGAAUUUAUGUGAUAAAAGUAAGAUUGUAUAAGGUGCCAAUAUCUAUCUUUUCAUUUGUAGACAUGAAACUUUCUUAUUUUUAAUUUUUAAGGUUUAGUCAUCUUCAUUAUAAAUUGAUUGAUAUUUAGUGAGAUUUUUAGGGUAAAUUGAUAAAUUUAUUAUGUAGAAAAUAAUUUCAUGGAACUAUAUGUUCUAUUCAUUAGAAUUUUUAGUCAAUUCAAAUUGAAAGAAAAUAUAUAUAAACACAUUGUAAAUGGCAAAAAUAGGUCAGAACUGAUAUUUGUUUAUAUCAAUUGAUAAGAAAAAUUAUCUAUUCAUGAAUUUUCAUAUGCAGCAUCAGAAAUCAUUUCAAAACAAUUGGCUGCAAGCUUGAAAAAGUGGCACUGUACAAAUUUAUAGAGGAGUUUGCCUUUAUUAUACGUAUGUUAGGUUGAUUAAAGUGCUAUAGGUUUUAUUUGAUGGUUUUAUGCCUUGUUUGACUGUAUGAAUGUGUAUGAAUGCACUGCCUGGUGAUAGUAUAAUUUGUGUCAAGCUUAUUGUGUACAAAUAUGAACAACUUUCCAUUGUUAAUUUAUUAAACAAUAUGUAAGAUGA